AUGCUUACUCCAUCGACGUCGUACACUGCAUAUCUGGUCUUCAAGCUAAGUGAUGAACGUUUUUGGGGAUUUGACACCCAAGUAGGAUAUACUGCAAUUAGACUUGUGGGAUCGGGGAAGACUGUUCGGGGAACAGCCGUUUUAGACGGCGAUUACGAGAGAGAAGAAGGAGAUGGGCAUAAUUAUCCCAAGGAGAGAGGAGAUGGGUGGAUGGAAACUGAGCUGGGUGAGUUUUUCUACCAUGGAAGACAAGAGGGGGAGCUGGAAAUGAAGUUUGAAGAUUUGAGUAGCCAUUGGAAGGAAGGUCUCAUUGUUCAUGGCAUCGAAAUUAGACCAAAAUAA